AUGUCUGCUCAAAUCACCAAGGCCGAGGUUGCCCAGCACAAGGACGACAAGUCCAUGUAUAUUAUCAUUGAUGACGGCGUCUACGAGAUUGCCAACUUUGUCAACGAGCACCCAGGCGGAGCCAAGAUCCUCAAGCGCAUGGCCGGCAAGGACGCGACGAAACAGUUCUGGAAGUAUCACUCCAAGGGCGUCAUGGAGAAGUGGGGAGCCAAGUUGAAGGUGGGCACGCUGAAGGAGGAGGCCAAGCUUUAAAUAACGGUUGGAUGGAUGAUGGGUGGAAAGGAGGAGGGAGAGAAUGAUGGAUACCAUGACCGACCGCGCGCGCGUGUGUGUGUGCGACGAUAGCGAAACGAAUAAUAGCGAUGCGAAUUCUUUUUUUCGGAAUUUGAAUAUGGAAUAUAUAUCACUACACCAACUUGGACCG